CUGGUGGAUGUCUCUGUUGUUGAACACGUUGAAGGAGAUGCAUGUCGUUUCGGUCUCCGUAUUGGGACCGUUGCGAGUAACGAAAAUCGCAUCGAUUUAAGAAGUGCUCCGCAACCGAAAGAAGAAGUCAAAAUCAUGUGGGUGAAGCGCAUUCGUGAGCUCACGCAAGCGUUACUUCCUCUAAAUCUUGGAGUGGGGCUAGAAGGCGUUCCGCCAUCUGGUAGCUCGUCAUCGGUGCCAUCCGUAUCAGCACGGUCAUCCAAGGAUUCCGCCGAUAACGAAGAAACCUCAUCACUUGAUUCACAGCGACUUUCCCUGCAAAGUGUAGACAGCAACCAGCUCUACGCUUGA